AGUAUCUUUACUCUUUGUCUAUCGACAUCAUGUCUACCAAGCAGAAGCUUCUUGUCGUCCUUACAUCUCAGGAUGUCCUCCCCACACGGGCCAACAUGAAGACGGGAUGGUAUCUCCCCGAGUUGGUUCACCCAUACAAUGACCUUGCUCCCCAUGUGGACCUUAUUAUGGCUUCACCUAAGGGAGGCGAAGCUCCUAUUGACCCGUAUUCGAUUGAGGAUGCCAAGAAUGAUGAAGCUUGCCAAGUCUUUCUCAAAGAGAAGGGGCAUGUUUGGAAGAACACACAAAAGCUUGAGAGCUUCCUUGGCAAGUCUGAUGAGUAUGCCGGUAUCUUUUUCGUCGGAGGCCACGGACCCAUGUUCGACCUAGCCGUAGAUGGCACGUCACACGCUCUGAUUCGCGAAUUUUACGAAUCCGGCAAGUUGGUCUCAGCCGUCUGCCACGGUCCAGCUGCCUUGGCCAAUGUCAAGCUAUCAGAUGGAACCUACAUGGUCGAUGGCCAGACAGUCACCGGCUUCUCCAAUGCCGAGGAGGAGGCAUAUAAAUUCACCGACGCAAUGCCUUUCUUGCUUGAAGAUAAGCUGCAGGAACACGGUGGCCAUUACGAGAAGGCUGAUCAGCUUUUUGGCGUCAAGGUCGUUACCAGCGGCAAGAGUGAGAACCUUAUCACUGGCCAGAAUCCUCCCAGUGCUGGAGUCAUUGGCAAAGUCUUGUCGGAGGCCAUUCGCAAGCGUGCUGUCUAAGUCACGGGCGAAUGCAAGUUGCAGUCUUUGUUCUCUUGAAACACUAUUGUAUUGUCAAGUCCUUGUACUAUAUAGAUCGCAAGUUUCUUGUCA